CGCUGGAGACGGCAGUUGAGGUGUGGGCGGCGCGCAGGUAAGUUGGCUUUUGGGGGGCUCCGUCCCCUAUUUAAACCCCCGAACCCACCUCAUUCCGGCCUCCCUCAAAACAGUAACCCCUCCCCCCGUCUCCUAAUAGCCGCCUCCCCCCCAUGAAUGCUAAUUAACCCCAGGCAAUUAGCGCUAAUUAGCGCCCCCGCAAUUAAGACCAUAAGAAGAAGACUCCUGCCUCAGAGUCCAAGCAGGAGCCCUUCCUAGGCCUAAUAACCGCCUCCCCCCCAUUAAUGCUAAUUAACCUCAGGCAAUUAAGACUAAUUAAUACUAAUUAACGCCCCCUAUUAAGGACAUAGCAGUCAACGUUUCCCUUUUUUUAGGGGAAAUUCCCUUAUUCCGAAUAGGAUUCCUCGCAAGAAAAGGGAAAAGUUGACAGCUAUGCCUCAGACCCCAGACAAUAGCCCCUCCCACAAUGAAUGCUAAUUUUUGCUAAGUAACGCCCAUUAAAACCUUAAGAAUCCUGAUUCAGACCCCCAAACAGUAGCCCUGCCCGUCGUUAAUGCUAAUUAACGCCCUCCCACAAUGAAUGCUAAUUUUUGCUAAGUAACGCCUAUUAAAACCUUAAGAAUCCUGAUUCGGACCCCCAAAUAGUAGCCCUGCCCGUCGUUAAUGCUAAUUAACGCCCUCCCACAAUUAAUGCUAAUUUUUGCUAAUUGACGCCCAUUAAAACCUUAAGAAUCCUGAUUCCGACCCCAAACAGUAGCCCUGCCCACAGUUAAUGCUAAUUAACACCCUCCCUAUUAAGACCGUAGGAAGGCUGCUUUCUCGGACUCCAAUCAGUAGCCCCUCCCACUCCCAAUAGUCGCCUCUCCACCAUUAAUGCCAAACAUCUCCUGCCCUUAAGGGUAAUUAUCCCCUCCUUGUCACUGCUAAAUGCUAAUUGAAGUCCCCAGCCCCAGUUAAAAAUAUAUGGAUAGCCUGGCUGGGUCAGGCGAAAGGCCAGUCAAGUCCAGCUUCCUGCUAUCAGAGGAGCCACCCAGACCUCCGACAUGGGGAGCCUGCAAGGAUAAAUUGAUGCUAAUUAAUCCACUAUUAUGCUCAUUAUCACAGUUUCCCUAUCCCUGUUGCAGAUCCUCCGGGUGGAGCUUUUCGGUCCCUUGCUGCCAGUAUUUAGAUUUGCAUCCCAUUUCCCCUCCCACUUGUCUCUCCUUAUUUUUCUAUGUUUUCCCAAUCUCACUGAAUCCAACACUGUCCCUCCAUCAGUCUGGUCAGUCGUGGCCGCACUGGGCCAUGAGACAAAUUCAGGAAAAUGGCAUUAAGUGACUCUCGGACACUAUGGGGGAGACAAAAAAAUUAACAGUGCUCAGUUACUGGCCAUUCUCUCCCGGCAGAAACAUUUGUCUUAAUUCUGAACCUGUGGGGUGGGAGAAACCAUCAUCCAGGGAACAUCUGAUGCGUGUGUCUGUGUGUGAUUUUGUGAUUGCUUCACACCCUGCUGCUAAACUUCCCUGCUUUUGUUUCCCCCCACAUAGACAAUUGUGCGUGGAAGGCUGCUGUUCAAGGCUGCCCACUUCCUGCCCUGCGAGGCUGGCAGAGAUUGCUGGUCGCAACAUGGACAAGCUGCACGGGCUGCAAGCGGACUAUGUUUUCCGUGGCGUUGAGCACAUCGUCCGGAUGUCGGUGGACGGGAACCUUCUGGAAGUAGAAGUGGAGGACCGGCUCACCACGGACCAGUGGCGGGGGGAGUUUGAUGCUGCUUGUGAGUAAUGAAUCUGACACUGAGGAAGCUGUGCUGAUGUGAACAGCUUGGGAGGGGGAAGAGCUGUGAAAUGCCCGGCUACACUGUGCUGCUAUAUGGGAAACCAAACACCGCCUUUCUCUGCUUUGACUAUCUGGCACGUGCAGAGAUGAGCCAGCUGCCCUCUGCAGUUGCCCUUCUGGCUCUGCUUUGUCCCUGCCUCUGCUGGCCACUUGAAGCCCUGUGUCUUUAAUUAUAAUACAGUGGUGCCUCGCAAGACGAAAAGAAUCCGUUCCGCGAGUCUCUUCGUCUUGCGGUUUUUUCGUCUUGCGAAGCAAGCCCAUUAGCGGUUUAGCGGAUUAGCGCUAUUAGCGGCUUAGCGGGCUUAGCGGAUCAGCUGAUAAGCGGCUUAGUGGCUUAACGGAUCAGCUGUUAAGCGGCUUAGCGGAUCAGCUGAUAAGCGGCUUAGGGAUCAGCUGUUAAGCGGCUUAGCGGCUUGGGAAAAGGGGGGGGGAGGGGGAAAAAACCCGCAGGAACUCGCAAGACAUUUUCGUCUUGCGAAGCAAGCCCAUAGGAAAUUCGUUUUGCGAAGCACCUCCAAAACGGAAAACCCUUUCGUCUAGCGGGUUUUCCGUCUUGCGAGGCAUUCGUCUUGCGGGGCACCACUGUAAUAAUAAUAAUAAUAAUAAUAAUAAUUUUAUUUAUACCCCGCCCUUCCCUGUUCAAAAACCGGGCUCAGGACGGCUAACAACAAAUUUAAAACACUUUAAAACACUUAAUUAUAAAAGCAGCAUAAAAUACAAUAUAAAAACAUGAAUAACAAUAAAAUUCAAAAAUCAAUUAGAUAAUCCCCAGGGCUAGAUGGCUGAAUUGGUCCUACUUGUACCAGCUAGGAGGUCAGGGGAGAAUUAGCUGUGGGGUCUUAGAGCGGGUGAUCUUCAUAAAAGGGGAGGGGGAGGGAAGAGAAGGGAAAUAAAAGAUCAGGCUGAAUUCAAAUUAAAGGCCAGGCGGAAUAGCUCUGUCUUACAGGCCCGACGGAAGGAGGUUAAAUCCUGAAGGGCCCUAGUCUCCUGGGACAGAGCAUUCCACCAGGUCUUUUCAAACGAUAAAAUACUGGUUCCAUUUCCCUCUUGCUCUCAAAUUCCCAAGUUAAACCAUUACAUGCUCCCUAUUACAUGCCAAAAUCAGCAUCCCUCAUGUUUUCCCUUUUCUUCCAGUCAUUGAAGACCUCACUCACAAGACUGGGAAUUUCAAGCAGUUUGGUAUCUUCUGCAGCAUGCUAGAGUCGGCCCUUUCCCAGGUGAGGCUCAGUUUGGUUUUGGGGCCGCCACGGAAAAGUCUAUGGAAAUGUGUCUCUUGAGCAUUGCAGCUUUCCUAAGCUUCCUCUCCCUUCGGUCCCUUCUCCCCGGCCACCAACCAUCCAUUCCACAGGUGGACACCUGGGAGAUUUCUUCGUCUAUAGUCCUCUCCUGGGUGUGAACACGGCAGAUAAAAGCCUCAAUCUUUAAAAAACAAACAAACAAACAAACAGAAACAGACAUUAAUAUCAGGUAGGUAGCCGUGUUGGUCUGCCGUAGUCAAUACAAAAUAAGAUAAUAAAUAAAAAAUACCUUCCAGUAGCACGGUAAAGGUAAAGGGACCCCUGACCAUUAGGUUCAGUCGUGACCAACUCUGGGGUUGCGGCGCUCAUCUCGCUUUAUUGGCCGAGGGAGCCGGCGUACAGUUUCCGGGUCAUGUGGCCAGCAUGACUAAGCUGCUUCUGGCGAAGCGGAGCAGCGCACGGAAACGCCGUUUACCUUCCCUUCAGAGUGGUACCUAGUUAUCUACUUGCACUUUGACAUGCUUUCGAACUGCUAGGUUGGCAGGAGCAGGGACCGAGCAAUGGGAGCGCACCCCGUUGUGGGGAUUCAAACCGCCAACCUUAUGAUUGGCGAGUCCUAGGCUCUGUGGUUUAACCCACAGUGCCACCCGCGUCCCUUAGUAGCACAUUAGAGACCAACUAAGCUAGUUAUUGGUAUGAGCUUUUGUGUGCAUUCACACUUCUUCAGAUGUGAAGAAGUGUACACGAAAGCUCAUACCAGUAACUAACUUAGUUGGUCUCUAGCGUGCUGCUGGAAGGUAUUUUAUUCAUUUUAUUUAUUUUGUUUUGUUUUGACACAUUAGUAAGUAAAUAAUGGAGGGGACUCCAAUCUAAUGUGGCUGCUGCUGCUGGGAGUUGUAGUCUGAAACAUCUGGCAGGCACCAGGUUUGAGAAGGGACCUCCAGAAUGUCAAGCCUCCUUUAUAUGUUUCAUCUUCCCCCCUGCUUUGACAACUUACGGUGUUUCUACCACAUGCCCUGCCAGGUUCCUGCAUCUUAAAUCCUGCAACCAUGAUCCCCUUUCUGUCUUGAAUUCCUGUCCUUCCCUAGUCCGAGAGUCGCUUCUUCCAGGAUAAGGACUGGCUGUGUAAACGGUCCUUGAUGUAGUGCUGAUUGUGUGGGCUUUUCCCCUACAGAGCAGCGAGUCAGUCACUCUGGACCUCCUCACUUACACAGACCUGGAGUCGUUGAGGAACAGGAAGAUUGGAGUGGGUCCCCGGCACACGGCGGCUGCCAAAAACUCCCCGCUGAGCUCCAAGCGCUACCUCAUCUUGAUCUACUCAGUGGAAUUUGACAGGUGCCAGGGGAAUCCCCGGCUGCAUGACCAACAGGGAGCCUUGGGGUGACAAGGGGGCUUGUGGAAAUGGAGGGCAGCUCAUUUGUAGCUAAACAUUCACCCCAAGGCCCCAUGGCCAGCCACAGAUUUAUUGCAGGUGCGAUGGGCACAGGUGAACCUGGCCUUUCUGGAAGACCCAAGUAUCCUGUAAGAGCUGUGGGGCUGCCAGAGAGACUGCAUAACCUUAUAACUUGGAGGGAAGCAGCUAAUGAAACCAGUCCUUCCCUUUGCUGUGUGGGAGGAGGAGGAGGCGGAAGACCAUGGUGCUUUCCACGCCUCCUUUUUUGCUUUGAAAACAGCAAACGACGAGGCGGGAGCAAAGGCCCUUCUUACCUCUUAGCCCACGACUGUCCAGGGAGCUGCCCCCCUUUUCCCAAAGCAAGAAGAGAGGGGAAGAUCAAGGACCACAGCCAUCUUUGCCAAGCUGGGGCCUUCCAGACGCUUUGGACUACACCCACCUGGGGCUUAUGGGAAUUGUAGUUCAAAGCGGCUAGAAGGCCUCAGCUUGGCAAAGGCUGAUCUGCAGGGAUAUGCAGAGGAAUAAGCAUUCAAUAUUGGUAGCAGUUGGGACGCGGGUGGCAUUGUGGGUUAAACCACAGAGCCUAGGACUUGCCGAUUAGAAGGUCGGCGGUUCAAAUCCCCACGACAGGGUGCACUCCCAUUGCUCGGUUCCUGUUCCUGCCAACCUAGCAGUUUGAAAGCACGUCAGAGUGCAAGUAGAUAAAUAGGUACCGCUCCGGCGGGAAGGUAAACGGCGUUUCCGUGCACUGCUCUGGUUCACCAGAAGCGGCUUAGUCAUGCUGGCCACAUGACCCGGAAGCUGUACGCCAGCUCCCUCGGCCAAUAAAGCAAGAUGAGCGCCGCAACCCCAGAGUCGGCCACGACUGGACCUAAUGGUCAAGGGUCCCUUUACCUUAUCGGUAGCAGUUACAGGGAAGAAAGUUGCCUUUCCCUUUUUGUGGGUUGGUUUUGGCUGUCUUCUGGACAGGGAGGCAGGAAGCAGCAAGGGUUGCUAGCCAGUCCCCUCUUGGGAGGGGGCCUCUGCCCUCCUAGUCAAACAGAGCGUCUGCCUGGCCUGUUAAGCACCAGAACCAGCCCCUUGACAUUUGCUCCUGUCUGCGGUGAGGUGCAAUGCCGGGGGUCCUGACUUGUGGUUGCGUUUCCUUGUUUCUCGGCAGGAUCCAUUACCCCCUCCCCCUCCCUUACAUGGGCAAGCCGGAUCCCGUCGUUCUGCAGAAGGUGAUCCGGGAGCUCAAGGAGGAGUUGGCCCUGCUGAAGGCAAAGCCAAGCAAGGAUUUCAGAGAUGCUGAGAUCCGCCGGCUUCGUGACGAGUGAGUGGGGGAGGUGGGGAGGGGUAACUUGAGCCAUAUCAGGCUGCUUCUCUCUGCAGGAGACAUCAAUGCGGCCUUCUGAAUUUGCUGUUCCGGCAUUUAGGAACCAGGAUAUCUGUGGCACCAAGAAAUGGGUGUUUGAAGUGUUUCUUGGAACUUUCUUUCCCAGGUACCAGGGAGAGUGGAAGGUGUUGGGGUUUUUGUAGGGAGGGAGAGAUACUCAAGGCAUAGCUGUCAACGUUUCCCUUUUUUAAAGGGAAAUUCCCUUAUUCUGAAUAGGAUUCCUCGCAAGAAAAGGGAAAAGUUGACAGCUAUGACUCAAGAACUGCAUCUCCCAUCUUUGGGAGCUAUUUGUGAUCACAGGCAUGUAAAUGCUUCUUUGGAGUCAGUUUUCCUCCUCAAAGCAUUGUUCUGAUCUGACUGAUCCCUACUGAUUUAAAAUACAACCCUUAAAUCUACCACGUUCAUCUGUUGCUUCCCUAUAAAAACGUUCAAGACAGCCUACAAAGAGCAAACAAUCCAAAUUAAGUUUAAAUUCCUCGGCCCGAAAAUCCAAACAAGGGCAAGUAUUGAAAUGGCAGUGAAGGAAACUCUGUAGCUUCUCAUGGGUUUGAGAAGGAGACUUGCUGUGCGAGGAAAUGGUGCAACAGGUCUGCCCUAUUACCAGAAACCAGCAGGAGUCAGGAGAACUGUGACAGUUGUAUUUAUUUAUGAACAGCAGAUCAGCACUUCAGCAUAGCAGCUAAGACUUGCUAGACAGGCAAAGCUAAGCUUCCCAUUCAUCCGUAGAGGGAACCACACCCAGCGAGAGGAGCUUUUAUUACAGUUCUGGCGUGUCUUUUAAGGAGACAGGCCAGACAUUUUACAAUAUCAGUCUGGAAAUGCAAUGCAGCAGGAGGGCAGCUGCUCUUUCCUUGAAGAGAUGAUGAUGAUGAUGAUGAAUUCAAUUUAUAUACCGCCCUUUAUCAAAAGGUCCCAGGGUAGUGUACAACAUUAAAAACACAUUACAGAACAUCAAUAAUAAAAAGUAUACUGACAGAUGUAAAGUAGUUGUCAUAAUAACGGUGCUCUGCCCCACACUUUAGAUUAUUUAAUAGCCAUAGGCCUGGGAAAAGAGGAGUGGUUUUUUGCCAGACGUCUAAAGACAAAAGUGGCUUUGCAAACCCACCUUUUAGUGCUUAAACAACCUUUUGCAAAGCCCAGGUCUCUCUUUUUUUUAAAAUGAUAUUUAUUAAAGUUUCAAAAAAUACAAAAAAUACAGAAUACAGAAAGAAGAAGAAUAAUUUUUUUUAAAAAAUAUAACCUAAAAAAUAAAAAGAAACAUACCAAAUAAAACAGUUAAAAGGACAUUAAUUUUCCAUAACCUAUCUUCCCUAUACUUAUUUCCCCGGACCUCCUCAUACCUCCCUUUUUUGUAUUCCAGUUCAAUUUGUUAGUUCAGCAAAUCCUUACCAUUAAAAUUACCCAGUUGCAAACCUUUUUUCAUAUCUCUUAGAGCAUUACAGCUAAAAACCUCUUAGUUUCUAUCCAGCAUCCUUCUAAGAUUCCUUAAUUUUACAAUAUUUCUGUAAAUAGUCUUUAAAUUUCUUCCAGUCUUCUUUCACCGACUCUUCUCUCUGGUCUCGGAUUCUGCCAGUCAUUUCCCAAAGCCCAGGUCUCAAGCCUUGCGCGGAAGAGAUUCUCUCUCGGCUGCCGCUGAUCCUGCCCCGACGCUCCCUUUUCCAGGCUGCAGCACACCUUGGAGGAGAAACAGUCAGUGGAGACGGUCUUGCUGGGCCUUCAGGAGGAGCUGAAGCUCACCAACAAGAGCAGCGCCUUCAAGGAGGUCAAGAUCCUCAAGAAGGUCGUGCAGAGCCUGGAGGAGGAGCUGACCAAAGAGAGGGCGAAGCACCAGCGGAUCGCUAACAAGCGCCUGCAGGAGAGCCGGCAGCUUGCCGACGAGGUGGGCUGGGCCUUAAUAAUAAUAAUAAUAAUUUUUAUUUAUACCCCGCCCUCCCCAGCCAAGGCCGGGCUCAGGGCGGCUAACAAGCAAUAAUAGAAACAAGUUGAAUGAUUACAACUUAAAAACAAAAUUAGAAUACAAAAUUAAAAUACUGAAACAUUAAAAUAUUAAAAUGUAGCCUCAUCGCAGGAGGCGAAAGGAAAAGAAAAAAGAAAGAGAGGGAGGGAAUCAAAUUGGCUCCAAGCCAAAGGCCAGGCGGAACAACUCUGUCUUACAGGCCCUGUGGAAAGAAAUCUGAUCCUGCAGGGCCCUGGUCUCAUGAGGCAGAGCGUUCCACCAGGCCGGAGCCAGAGUUGAAAAGGCCCUGGCUCUGGUUGAGGCUAAUCUAACUUCCUUAGGGCCCGGGACCACUAGGGUGUUGCUAUUUAUGGACCUUAAGGCUCUCCAUGGGGCAGACCGGGAGAGGCGGUCCCGUAGGUACAAGGGUCCUAGGCCAUGAAGGGCUUUAAAGGUCAAAAGUAGCACCUUGAACCUGACCCUGUACUCCACCGGGAGCCAAUGCAGCUGGAAAAGCACUGGGUGAAUAUGCUCCCAUGGCAGAGACCCCGUGAGGAGCCUCGCUGCAGCAUUCUGCACCCGCUGGAGUUUCUGGGACAGCUUCAAGGGCAGCCCCGCGUAGAGCGAAUUACAGUAGUCAAGCCUGGAGGUGACCGUCACAUGGAUCACUGUGGCCAGGUUGGGGCGGGAAAGCUAAGGGACCAACUUACAGGAUCCUCCUUCCCCUGGGCGGGUGGGGGAGAGGGCUAUAGUAGGCUGCUGAAAGGACAAAGACCUCAGUGCGGAAGCGCUCGUCCGAGCUCAGCUCUGCUACUGAAAACAAAUCCUUAGGCGUGGAAUGUGCUCAGAGGCACCUCCUGGUCUUUUAUUCUCACUGCGUCCUUUCCGCUUCAUUUUGGGGGUCCGAGGUAGAAAAACGCCAAAGAUCAAAUAAGCCUGGAAUCUGCUCACCUUUGGCGGAAAGGGCAAGGCUUCUCUUUUCCCUCCGACAAGAGCCGUGGGGCUGGUGAGUGGGGGGGUCAUGGUGAGGAGAGAGGGAGGGACGGCCAGCCUUCCUCCAAGACUAGGGACCCCUAGAAACACCAGCUCCUGUUAGGUAGAUUUAUUUCUUUAUUGUUUGGCGUCCGGCACGCUUCCCCUGCACGCCUCUGCAGGUCGUAAAGCAAUUAGCAGAAUUGCACAGCGUCCGUGUUGAAAGGGCAGUAAAAGAAGUCCCACACGUUUCUUCUGUCCUAAGAUCACUUUAUUUGCUCAAAAGUAGCAUAUUUACAAACAAGAAAUUCCAUCUGAUUCAAGCUGCAUCUUCUCCCUCUGUUUGCAGCUGCGUAACAAAGCUGCUUUCACUUUUUCACUCAGCUCACAGCAUUCCAAGCUGCUUUCGUCAAGUCCUGGCUUACUUCCCUUGUAAGCGCCUCCUCUCAGCCUCGAGACACAGAAGGUUAACCCUUCACUACACCCAACAGCUCCUUCAUUUCAUUCACUCUUAAUUUGCAUACCGCCUUUCUAUACUACUCUAUGCAAGGCGGUUUAUGACGAAACAUGCAACAAAGAUCACACACCUUAGAACAUGGGUAGGCAAACUAAGGCCCGGGGGCCGGAUCCGGCCCAAUUGCCUUCUAAAUCCGGUCUGCGGACGGUCCAGGAAUCAGCGUGUUUUUACAUGAGCAGAAUGUGUCCUUUUAUUUAAAAUGCAUCUCUGGGUUAUUUGUGGGGCAUAGGAAUUUGUUCAUUCCCCCCCCCCCAAAAAAAAUAUAUAGUCCGGCCCCCCACAAGGUCUGAGGGACAGUGGAACUGCUGAAAAAAAUUGCUGACUCCUGCCUUAGAAUAAUCAAAUUCAAUACAGUGGUACCUCGGGUUACAAAUCUAAUUCAUUCCGGAGGUUCGUUCUUAACCCAAAACCGUUCUUAACCUGAGGCGUGCUUUCGCAAAUGGGGCCUUCUGCUACCACCGCGCCACAAGCACACAAUUUCCAGUCUCAUCCUGGGGCAAAAUUCUCAACCCAAGGUACUACUUCCGGGUUAGCAGAGUUUGUAACCCAAAGUGUUUGUAACCCGAGGUACCACUGUACAGCAAAGUCAUAAUAAAAACAUAACUUUAGACAACUUGCAGCAAGUAAAGUAAUAUUCGAUAAUCCAUUGGAACAUAAUAGUACACAAUAACAUUACUCUCAAAAUAUCAGUAAAUAAUAAUUAAACAGAAAUUCACUCUUAGCAAUUACAGUGGUACCUUGGUUUUCGAACGCCUCUGUAGUCAUACGUUUCGGAACUUGAAUGCCAAAAACCUGGAAGUAAAUGCCUCGGUUUUUGAACGCGCCUCGAAAGUCGAGCAGGAAAGGCGGCUUCCGUUUUGAGGCUUCUGCUUUCAGUUUUCAGACGUUUCAGAACUCAGAACGGACUUCCAGAACAGAUUAUAUUUGAAAACCGAGGUACCACUGUACAAUAAAUAAUCAAACUAUAAUCAACAAAAAUAGCAGCAAAUCACAAUGCAUAAAAUGCCGCACCACCACAUUAAAAAAACCAUGUGAAAGGACCACAUUCUGCAAAUAUCCACCCUGGACUCCUAGGUACCAACUCUGCUUGAAUAUUAACACACACACACCCCCCCAAUUAUUCAGCCUGAGCCUUAACACAAGGCGCAAAAAGAGAUCUUUCUGCCCACUGCAGCUGGCGGAGAUGAAAGCGACAGAACGGAGCCUCCGGAUUCGCGUGAAGAACCUGACCAACGAGCUGGCCUUGUACAAGAAAGGGUGAGCGCUCCUGACCCCUCGGCCGCUCUGCUUCGCUGUCAAAGGCAGCAGCUUCUAUGCCGGACGCAAACCCACCCCUCUAGCCGCAGGCGUUCCUUUCUCUCCCCUCCCCAGGCGCUUCACCCCCUCCGGACCAUCUCCCCAGAACCACCCCGCGCCCCCUCGCAAUUUUGCGCACCCCACCCUGUCCCGAGGCAGCACCAAGAAGAGAGACGUCCGCCGCUCCACCUCGGAGGAGCGCUCGAACUCCCGGGAGCGCAGCGGCGCCUGGGGGCCCAGCCGGCAGAGGUCCACCUCCAGGGAGGGGCGCAGUGGGAGCCAGGGCCGCCUCCCUCGACAGUCCCCGUCUCCUACAGGUGAGAGGGGUGGGGCACCCUUACCAUGCACCCCCUCUUCCCUGGCACCAGGCCUGCCUGGCGCAGUGGCCGGUAGGAGGGAGAAGCCUCCUUCGAAGGGGGUGUGCUGGGCACAGAAAGGAUCAGGCUUCAUUAUCCUCUCCCUGCCUGGCUCCGAGUUACCAACAGAUGCAAACUCUUCUUCUUCUCAGGAUGCCAGGCAAGUAAAGCCGCCUUUUUCAGCACAUGUUUUGUUUUAUCUGCUAGAUCUGAGGGGGAGGGCCGGAGUCAAGUACUGCAGCUCGUGAAACUACUGGCAACGCAUCUCUUGCUUCUGAGAUACCGUAUUUCCCGCUCUAUAAGACUCACUUUUCCCCUCCUAAAAAGUAAGGGGAAAUGUGUGUGCGUCUUAUGGAGCGAAUGCAGGCUUCGCAGGCUAUCCCAGAAGCCAGAACAGCGAGAGGGAGCGCAGCGCUCCCCUCCCUCUCUCUCUGGCUGUUCUAGCUUCUGGCUUAGCCGCGCGAAGCCUCCGCAGGGGAGCCCUGCAGAGGCUUCGUGCAGCUAUCCCUGGCUUUUGCGGGAGGUGCGGCUCUGUCCCUUCCCCCACCUCCCAGAAAAGCCCCCAAGAGCCGCGCUCCCUCUUGUGGGAGGUCGGGGGAAACCCGGGGGGCUUGCUUUCGCUGAAGCCAGGAGAGCAAGCGGGAUCGGUGCGCACCGAUCCUGCUUGGUCUCCUGGAUUCAGGGAUAGCCCUGAAAAGCCUCCUGAGCGAAGAGGGAGGAGCGCUCCCUCUUCAUUCAGGAGGCUUCUUAUUUCUUGUUUUCCUCCCCUAAAAACUAGGUGCGUCUUAUGGAGUGAAAAAUAUGGUACUCUGCAUGUUAGAAGAGCCUUAGCCCUGGGAUAGCUCAGUUGGUAGAGCGUGCGACUCUUGAUCUCAGGGUUGUGGGUUCAAGCCCAACCUUGGGCAAAAACAUCCCGCAUUGCAAGGGUUGGACUAGAUGACCCGUGUGGUCCCUUCCAGCUCUGUGAAUUUAUGAUCAGGUCAAAGGCCCGUCUAAUCCAGCACUCUGUCCUAUAUGGUGGCCAGCCCAGGCGCAGAGCAGAGCGCACUCCCAUCAGGGUUCCCCAGUAGCUCAUAUUCAGAGGCGUUCUUGCCGCCAUGCUUGACUCUCUAACAAUAGGGGCUAGAAACUUGCUUGCCGGUUUUUGAAGCCAAGAACUGUGCCAGAGUUCAAAUCCCACAACUGUGGAAUGGAGGACCUCAGGACCUUAUCUACGCGCGAUGUCUCCAAAGCUAGAAUCCACACCCCACCUUAUGCGAAGAAUGACGGGCUUCUUAACUCUCUGCAGGCAAAGCAAAUCCUUGCCUUUUCAGCAAGGCUGCCUUUGCCUUGGGCACGACGUCAACCCAGAACUGGGCACUGGGAGCUUCUGCCCUGUAAACAGACCAGGUCCCUUCUGCUCUGCAGGACAGAACUGCCAUAAGAUGCCCUUCCUCCUUGACCACCCUCUUUCCCUCUCCUUCCCUGUAGGACCCCGGGCACCACGCUUUGACCCCACCGCCUUUGUGAAGGCCAAGGAGAGGAAGCAGAAGGAAGCGGAGCAGAAAAAGUGAGUCGCUCGCCUCCAGGAUCUGCCUCUCCCUGCCGUUCCCCCAACCCCGGCAGCUGCAGGAUCCAGGCAAGGGCGAACACAGCACUGUUUGGGCUAAUUUGUCCUGUCUCCCUCCAGAGAGCGAUGCCUGCGGCGGGGGAUGGGAGACACCCCGCCCAGCGGUUGGUGCCACCGCCUACAGUCCAGGGGCCCAUCGGCUUUCAGCACCGGCGGUCUCGGGAAAAGCCGGGGCAGGAGUUCUUCAGGUGCGUGUCGCUGGGACCUUGCUCCGUUUCGUGUGCCGCGCAAAUGACGCACGCAGCAGCGUGGAUGUGCCAGGCGUCGGGUCCCUGCCUCGAGGAGCUUCCAAAACCUCAGUUGGAGGUGGGGAGGGAAGUGGGCAGGCGUACGUGGGGGGAACAGGCAAUCGAUUUCGCAUAUUUUCAUACUAGGCUGGGUUACAGGGUGGAAUGGGAACUAGGGGGUUGCGGCAAAGGCUUCACUUUAAGGUGGGACAUGGGUGAAGUAAGGUUCUCCGGAAGCAGACUGCAAGGGAGAAAACGCCAGGGGUUCUUUGGUUAGAGAGAGCCAGGGGUGCUGCACCAGUGAGAGUGUCAGACUAGGACCUGGGAGAGACCAGGGUUCAAGUCCCCCCCCCCCCAUAUUGAAGCUUGCCGGGUGACACUAGCCCAGUCACUGCCUCUCAACCUCAUCUGCCUCACAGCGUUGUUGUGGGGAUAAAACGGAUCUAGGCGGAGAACGAUGUACGCCACCUUAAGCUCUUUUGGGGGGGGGGAGCUGGGCUAUAAAUAAUGGAGCAGGGCACCUUUGGACAACUUAGGAAUAGAUCUGAAGAGGGGGUAGGGACUAGGAACUUGUGCUGGAUCUGGGAGCAUACAGGAAGCCCGUGGAGCGUACAGGAAGCAGGGUGAUCAUAGGAUUAGAGGAACAGGAGGUUGCCAGCUAGAUUGGAGGCGAUUAAAGGUGAGACAAGGGAAGGCCAGAGAAGAGGGGAUUGCAGGAGUCUAGCGGAGAAAGGCAGAGGGCCCAGGCCAGAGUCUUUGAGCCUUCCUCUUCGUUGCCUGGCUGGCGCUAAAUGAAUACAGCCCAAGCAAAAGUGACAGUGCGCGGAAAUGUUUGUUUGUUUUGGGAAAUUAGCUUCUUACUUAGUUCUGAACAUUCCCCGCACCCCUGUAUGUGCAAACUUUCCUUAUUUCCGCCAACGGCAUCCAUACCUGUCCUGCCCUCUUUCUGCACGUGCUCACAACAGUUUGAAAUCACAGUAAAUAUUUUGAAAUAUAAAAUAGCAGUUGAAAAAAGAAUACAUGAGUUGGAGCUGACGUGCAGAGAUGUUUCCGUCCAUUUUCCUCUUGCUUUGUUAGUCCUAAUGGGAAAUUCACUUUCCUCGCCAUCGCUCCCGUCUUUCCUGCCUCCUCUCUGCUCCUUCAUUGUCCGCAGUGCACAGCCUGUCCUUCAUCAGGUUCUCUUUGCCUCCCAUCUUGCCCUUACAAGAGCUCUGUUCUUUUGCUGUCUGCUUUGCCCUGAACCUUCGAAAUGUCUGUGAACAUCCCAUGACAUUAUAGCAGGCUUCACAGUAGAUCAGCAAGGAGAGAUUCUCGUAGGUGCUUUAGUUAACGGUAUUUAUAGUUUGCUUUCUUUUUGCCCGUUACGCCUGGUUUAUAUGUUCCGAGAGCCACUUUACACAGACACGUCACAGCAUUUGGGUGACUUGCCUUCACCUCACCUGAUCUCACCCUAUGCUCUCUUCCUGCAGUGGAAAGCUUCCGCAGCCGGCGCUCAUCCGCAAGCUCAGGGAGCGAGUUGGACGAUUACUCUGAGCCUGCUGCCCCAAGGUAAGGAAGGUGGGGCAGCCUGAUGCAAAGCAGUCUACUUUGUAUGCUGUGCUGGAAUGCCCAGCCGCUUCCUGCCAAAACCCCACACUUAACUUUAAAAAGCAAGUUUCCAGUCCUUAUGGGAGCAGAAGCGAAUCUGAGAAAGCUGCGGCAAAAAUUCCCAUUGCCAAGCAAGUCACACAGCCCUCUUCUCACGAGGAAGGUCAGGACUAGGAAUCCAGGGCAGCUGUCUACCAGCUCCAUCUGGUACACAGGCUGAGACCCUACCUACUUGCAGACUGUCUCGCCAGAGUGGUGCAUGCUCUAGUUAUCUCCCGCUUGGACUACUGCAAUGCGCUCUACGUGGGGCUACCAUUGAAAGUGACCUGGAAACUACAAUUAAUCCAGAAUGUGGUAGCUAGACUGGUGACUGGGAGUAGCCACUGGGAUCAUAUAACUCUGGUCCUGGAAGACCUACAUUGGCUCCCAGUACGUUUCCAAGCACAAUUCAAAGUGUUGGUGCUGACCUUAAAAGCCCCGAACGGCCUUGGCCCAGUAUACCUGAAGGAGCGUCUCCACCCCCAUCGUUCAGCCAAGACACUGAGGUCCAGCUCCAAGGGCCUUCUGGCGGUUGCCUCCCUGCGAGAAGCCAAGUUACAGGAAACCACGCUGAGGGCCUUCUCGCUAGUGACACCCGUCCUGUGGAACACCCUCCCACCAGAUGUCAAGGAAAUAAAUAACUACAGUAUCUGAUGUUUAGAAGACAUCUGAAGGCAGCCCUGUUUAGGGAAGUUUUUAAUGUUUGAUGUUUUAUUGUGCUUUUAAAAUUCUGUUGGGAGCCGCCCAGAGUGGCUGGGGAAACCUAGCCAGAUGGGUGGGGUAUAAAUAAUAAAUAAUAAUUAUUAAGGGCUUUGCCUGGCUCGGGCACAGAGUUUGGGGUUGGGACAUGAUUGCAAUUAGCCCAUUAGCCUGAUCCGGCCUGAUGAGUUGUGUGUGUUGUCCCUUAGGGGGAGGAAGCGAGCAGUGAGAGGCAGGAAGCCUCUGAGUUCCUCGUCCUGGAAUGGCAGUACCAUGGUAAGCAGCCAGCCGCGUCGAGGUUCCUCUUUGGCAGAAAAGUGCUGGGCAAACUGAGCUCGCCAUCUGCUGAGACUCCUGGGCACUGGGGGUGGGUCUUCGAUUUCCUUUAGCUAUCAGAGGUGAACUGACCAGUGCCACUUGUUCUCCAUGUAGAUUCCCCACACGGAUGGUGGCCACAGGAAGCACCUGGCCAGCACGCCUACCACAGGCCUGCGAGCGGACAAAGGUAAAUCCCCCGGGGUCUCCAGUGGCCUCUUGAGCUGAGGCAGCACAGAGACUGGAGUGGGCUGACCUCUCGGGGUAACAGUGAAGUGUAAUCCCCUCUUGAGAGCCAGUGUGGCGUAGCAGUUGAGAGUGUCGGGUGACCAGGGUCCGCCUCUUCUCUCGGCCGUGAAGGGUGACCUUGGGCCAGUCCCUGGCUCUCGCCCUAACUUACCUCACAGAGUGGUUGUGAGAAUCAAAUAGAAGAACCAUGUACAGUGUUACCUCAGGUUACAUACGCUUCAGGUUACAUACGCUUCAGGUUACAGACUCCACUAACCCAGAAAUAGUGCUUCAGGUUAAGAACUUUGCUUCAGGAUGAGAACAGAAAUCGGGCUCCAGCGGCACGGCAGCAGCAGGAGGCCCCAUUAGCUAAAGUGGUGCUUCAGGUUAAGAACAGUUUCAGGUUAAGUACGGACCUCCGGAACGAAUUAAGUACUUAACCCGAGGUACCACAAGUGGUACCUCUGGAUGUGAACGCGAUCCGUUCCAGAGCCCCAUUCACAUCCUGAAGCGAACGCAAACUGUGUCCGCGCGUCUGCGCGGGUCGCAAUUCGCCGCUUCCGCGCAUGCGUGUGACGUCAUUUUGAGUGCACAUGUGCGAGCAGCAAAACCCGGAAAUAACAUGCUCCAUUACUUCCUGGUCGCCACAGAGCGCAACCCGAAAAUGCUCAGCCUGAAGCUACUUUAACCCGAGGUAUAACUGUACGCUAGUGCUUGCCAACUAGCCCCCCCAGGAUAUUCCAAGGGGGCCACAGGUGAAAAAUGCAUAAAUGAGAGGCCACAGCAUGAGGCUAGGGGGCCACAGAGGGAAGUGAGAAGUGAAGGGGGGAAAUAUUUUUUUAAAAUACGUCUUGAUUGGCUAUCUGGCCUAUCACAAGCAAGUAAGGGGGUGGCCCACCAGGGCCCAGCACUCCUUUUUGCCCUGUGCAUUUUCUUGGCGCAGACCUGGGUGUGUUUUUUUGGCGGGAGAGAGCGACCGCUGAGGCUCCCGUUUUGACCAGUAGGGCCCGCGAUCUAGAAACCCCAGGUCAGGUAAGUGCGGUGGUGGACUGGUAAUGAGUAGAGAUGGUUGAGGAGGAGCUUCUUGUUGCUGCCACCAGGGCUGGGCCUGUUACUGCUUGCUUGCUUGCUUGCUUGUUUAUUUAUGCCAAGCCAGCCCAUUGGCUCAUCUGCAUUGUCCACGCUGGCUGGCAGCAGUGACUGUCCAGGGUUUCAGAUAAGGGGCAUUCCCAGCCCUCCCUGGAGAUUUGACCUCGUUAUUAAUUGGGCUCUGCCUCCAAGCCAUAGCUAGCCCUUCCUCAUUGGGCCUUGCCCAGAAAGUUACGCCCCAAUUGGAAGAAGUUUAAGGAAUAUUUGAAAAAAAUACGUUAAUAUUUAAGUUUUAGAAUAGCUGUGGAAGUGGAGAUAGGCUGUAGGGUUAGAAGUAGAAGAUAAUGUAUUUCAAAAUACUAUUAUUUGUAAGUGAUAAAAUGUGAAGUUUUUUAUGGUUAAAGUAAGUGUGAUUUUAAAAAACGGUUAGAAAACAUGAUAUAUGUAAACUGCUAAAGGUGAAGUAAAAUGAAAAUCAGAUAGGUGGGACUUGUUUAGAAAACAUAAGGAUAAGACAAUAAUUUGUUUGUACUGUUUGUUUUUCUGUUUGUGUUCUUUAUUUGUGUUAUAAAAUGAAUAAAAAAAAUGGGGGGGGGGAGAAAGUUGCGCCCCAGUCUCCCGGUCCUCUCGUAUGGCAAUAACCCCAGUUGUCUUGUCCCACAGAGAACCUAUACGACGAGCCAUCGGCUGACCUUUCGGAGAUUGACGCUCGGCUGCAGGCGCUGCAGGAAUACAUGAAUAAACUUGAGACCAGAACGUAACCCCUGGAGUAGAACAAAUUAAGAGGGCCACUGGGCCAGAAUACAGGGAGCCUCCUUCCCCCACCCACCCCGGUUUGGAGUCCUCCUUCGGGCUUCUUUAGACAGAGGCAUGGGCCUGAAAGAGAUGGUGGCGGGAAGCAUGGGUUUGUAAACAUUCAUGUACAGCAAGCACACUCAAAAGUGGGUGCCUUUAGGGACUAGAAGCUUCAGAGCUUUUCCCCCCCUUGCUGCUCUGAUGCUGCUUAGGACCUGGUCGAUGUGUAGCUUGCUCAACAUCCAGCAGCGCAUUGAACCCUUAGCCUUACUUAGCCCUUUUGUACCCAAUCUUGCCUUUAAAAACAGGGAGAUGGAGACCCCUUCGGCCAUCAGAUCAUCCUUCUUUAAGACUCCCCUCCUGAUUCCACCUGCUCUCUCGCCCCUUUAGUUCCGAGCCUUUAAGAAACCAGGGUGUGCUGCCUGAGAUCAAAAUGGGCCCUCCCUCGCUGCUUGCUCUGAGGCAGGCCUCCUUCCUGGGACAAAGACAAUGACUUCUCUUUUACGGAGUCCCUCCUUCUCCCUCCAGUUGCUUCCAGGCCCGUCUCUGGCCUGGAGGUGCUGGCAGCUUUGGGGGCACAAAUUCAGAUCUCUUCCUGGGGGUGAGAAGAAGGGUCGGAAUUUCUUGGCUCAAAAGACUGGCCGAGUGAGAGAUCGCAGGCUUAGCCAGAAAAUCUUUGGGCUGCCUGUGAGAGAUCCUAGUAGGGAAUAGUUCCACUCACCAGUUUUACUUCUCAGCUAGGCACCAAAGGGAAGCUGAACUGUCACAGCCAUUUUCCUUUUAAAGAACUGCUUUUGCCCAGCCUGUUUAGACCAGGUAUCUCUUCUGGGUUCAGAUGGUGGUGUGUUAAACAGCAUCCUUGUUCCCUCGGCUGUGCAGCGGGGAGCCUGUUCCCAGUUGUGACAUAUCCUUUUGGCCUGUUUUGACUGCUCGCUUGAGCCAGGCUCCUUUGCAAGGGGCAAACGCAGCUGGAGUUGUGUCGGUCUACCCUCUAGCAGGCUGGUUCAUAAACUUACGCGUGGUCUCUUCUAAACAUUCCAUGAAGUUCUCUUGACAGCUUUUAAUGGAUGGUGGUUGUCUGUUUUCCCUGUCUGCCUGUCUCCCAGUGUGUGGUGCUGUGUGCAGUGAUCCUAUUUUGUAAAUAAACACUUCUUUUCU